UGCAGGACAAGAACCUGAUGCCCAGCUAUAUGUACUCACAGGACAGGUUGUGGCUCAUCUUCCAGGGCCGCCCAUGUCCUUUUCUCCAGUGUCUGCACAGUGCUCCUGAUGGAAGGGCUGCUCGUACUGGCUGGAAAUAAGGUAGCAAGAGGUCGAGUUCCAGCAAAAGCCUUAAGUAAAAAAAUUAGAAAAGAUCUGAGCAAACUGGAUAGGAAACACAAAGCCAACCAGAUACGAAAGCAAAGGAAAGAAGCAGUGCUUACAGAGAAGAGGAACUUGGGCAGUAAGGACAGCCCACCUCACCUGGUAGUAGUGGUUCCCUUGCAUGCUGGGAUAGCACUUAAAAGCCUUUUGAGCCUCGUUAACAAUAAUGAAGAUGGUUUGGUGCAUGAAGAUAACCAGAGAGUGGGGGUGUUUGGAUUGGUCUGUCCAAAGUUCAAGCAGAGAUGGUACUUCACCCAAGCAGACACAGAAUGA